AUGUCUUAUGGUGUGACCAUUUUCUUUUCCGGGGGUUGGUGUCGGUUGGUCUUGGUUGAUGAAUCUGCAAUAUUAUAUUUUGUUUUGAACUUUGGUUAAUGUGCCAAUACAUAUUAUAAUUAAUACAUGAUAUAUACGCAUUGUUCGUGUUCUGUGGUUAUAGUAAAAAAAAUAGCAUAAAAUCAUGAUGAUACGUUUUUUAAUUGAAAACAAUAGAAGGAUUAUUUUCAUAAACUUUCCCGUUUUUCUUACAUUUUAUCCCAGGCUUUCCCAGAUAUUAUGAAAACCGCGUGAAAAACUAAAAUCUAGACAAAAUUUCCUUUCAAAAAAGGUGCCACAUUAAUAUAUCAAAGAAAGAUUUUUGGUAGACAUUUUUGUCACAGUGUAAACGCAAAAAAAAAAAAAAAACAUCAUUGUAAAACUAAAAUAAUAAUAAAGUAUUAAAAAUAACCAAUUAUUUUUAUAGUCAUCUCAAGACAUUGGUCAUCCUGCUUGUUGGUAAACAAAUAGGUGGUUGUUAGUACUACUAUUACUAUUGAUCAGAGCAUCAGAAAAUUCCAAACUUAUUCGACGCCACUGACUAUUUGACUAAUUAACUGUAAACGUUUAUAACAAUAUAGAUAGGGAUAAGGGCGGAAACGGACAGAUGCAUCAAACUAAAUUUUUUUUAUUAAUUAUUUAUAGAAAACAAACGUCUACUAUAUGUAGCUAUUAUAAAACCAAUUUGGACCUAUGGCAUUCAACUGUGGGGUUUUGCUAGUAAGUCUAACAUUGAUAUAAUACAACGUUGCCGAAACAUCGCUCUUCGGACCAUCACUGUAGCCUACCGGUUUGAAAGAAACGAUGCCAUUCACCGCGAUAUGAUGCUGCCAACAAUAGCAGAAGAAAUCCAAAAGUUUGCUCGUAAACACGAGAGGAGAUUAGAAGACCAUAUCAACCCAAUGGCCAUCGAACCGUUAGACAACUCCAAAGACAUUAGACGCCUUAAACGUCUGAAACCAUACGACUUAGUUUAA